AUGCUGGGCUCGGUGAAGAUGGAGGCCCAUGACCUGGCCGAGUGGAGCUACUACCCGGAGGCGGGCGAGGUCUACUCGCCAGUGACCCCAGUGCCCACCAUGGCCCCCCUCAACUCCUACAUGAGCCUGAAUCCUCUGAGCGCUCCCUACCCCCCUGGAGGGCUCCCUGCCUCUCCGCUGCCCUCAGGACCCCUGGCGCCCCCAGCUCCCGCAGCACCCCUGGGGCCCACCUUCCCGGGGCUGGGGGCCGGCGGCGGCAGCGGAGGCAGUGGCUCAGGGUACGGGGGUCCGGGCCCCGGGCUGGUGCACGGGAAGGAGAUGCCGAAAGGCUACCGGCGGCCGCUGGCCCACGCCAAGCCGCCGUAUUCCUACAUCUCGCUCAUCACCAUGGCCAUCCAGCAGGCACCGGGCAAGAUGCUGACCCUGAGCGAGAUCUACCAGUGGAUCAUGGACCUCUUCCCCUACUACCGGGAGAACCAGCAGCGCUGGCAGAACUCCAUCCGCCACUCCCUGUCUUUCAACGACUGCUUCGUCAAGGUGGCGCGCUCCCCAGACAAGCCGGGCAAGGGCUCCUACUGGGCCCUGCACCCCAGCUCAGGGAACAUGUUUGAGAACGGCUGCUACCUGCGUCGCCAGAAGCGCUUCAAGCUGGAGGAGAAGGUGAAGAAGGGGGCUGGCGGAACCUCCACCCCCAGGAACAGUGCAGGGCCGGCUGCCUCGGCCGCCGUCCCUGCUGCUACGGUCACCUCUCCCCCGCAGCCCCAGCCUCCAGCCCCUGAGCCAGAGGCCCAGGCUGGGGAAGAUGUGGGGGCUCUGGACUGUGGCUCACCCCCUUCCUCCUCACCCUACUUCACUGGCCUGGAGCUCCCCGGGGAGCUGAAGCUUGACGCCUCCUACAACUUCAAUCACCCUUUCUCCAUCAACAACCUGAUGUCGGAACAGACGCCAGCACCUCCUAAGCUGGACAUGGGGUUUGGGGGCUAUGGGGUGGAGAGUGGGGAGCCUGGGGUCUACUACCAGGGUGUCUAUUCCCGCUCUCUGCUUAAUGCGUCCUAG